CGAGAGCGUGGAGCAAUCACGUAUUCGAAAAGUAAGCCCAUCGCGAGCGACUGGGUCGACAAGGCCGUCCCUCGUAAAAUGGACUCCCCAAUCAUUGUGGACAAUGCAACCAAAUUCGGCCGAGGAAUCGAUCUGGAUCGCGGCUUUCCCGGCUUCCCGUUCGACGACGAGGGCUUCGGACGUAGGGCCGACAUUCGCUCGCACCUUGACGAUUUAGCCGCUCGUCAUCCGGAGUUCGCUGACCAGCUGCUGGGUCCACCCUGGGCUGACGUGCCCUUCCCCGGCGGCGGCGGUGGCGACGGAGGCGGAGGUGGUGGUCUCCUAAACCGAGCCAAUCGCAACCGACGCAGCUCCGGAGGCACGGUUCACAAUCUCCCGGAGGAGGACACUCGUUCGCAAGCGAGCUCACAGGGCAGCGGCGAGGUCGAGUCCGAGCGCAAAUCCCAGCGGAUCCCUCAAUACGGUCUGCGCAAUACUCUGGACAUAGGCCAGCAUCAGCAUAGUAUGGAAAAUCCCCAGCAGCAGCGGAACGUGCGCUCCAUGUCGGCGCCGCCCGAGAACCGCAAUAACCAGGGGGAGAAUAUCGGCAGCCAGCAUCCAGGGCACAGAUUUGUUUCGCGUGUCGACAUAACGCCACAGGGCCCACAGCAACAACCCCUAAAUCAUAAUCAACAGCAUCAGCGCGACAAGUCGCCAGCACCGACGCAGAAGCCUCAGCCCCAAUCCCAGCAGCAGGGCAACGUCAGACAUAUACCGAUUUUUGUCGAAGGCAGGGACGAGCCCGUCCUGGCCAAAACGAGCACUGACGAACCAGACUACCCCAAGAGGCAGCAGUCGCCGCCCCAGUUUCACAGGCCUUCGCACUACCAGCAGCACUACGAAAAACAGCAUCCAUCGUCCGAAUGGACAUCGCACUUUCAGGAUCCUUUCUUCAAGGUGCCUAAUCGAUGGGGCUCGAGAACUCAACAGAGUCACCAACCGGAACCCCCACAACCAACGAAUCAACGACCAAAACCUCAGCCGCAAACGCAGCCUCAACACAAACAACAACAACAGCAACAACACCAGCAUCACCAUCAACAACAACAUCCGCAGCAGCGGUACCAUCAACCACAACAACAAAGCGAGGUACACCAAGAAGCAUCGCCAAAACUUAAACAAACUCAACCGAGAGAUCCUUUUGAGAGGGUCGCCAUGGUACAGAAGGAAGUCGACUCGCUCACGGAUCAGGUGCGGCAGUAUGGUGGUGGCUCGCGGCAGGACAAGCAGUACAUGUAUCUGGACGAGAUGUUGACGCGCGAGUUGAUAAAGCUGGACGACAUCGAGACCGAGGGCAAGGAGAACGUGAGGCAAGCUCGUAAGCAGGCCAUCAAGAGUAUACAGGACUCGAUUGGUCUGCUCGAGUCAAAGGCACCACUACCCGGACAGCACCAGCACCAGCAGCAGCAGCAGCUACUCGAGGAGCAAAAGCAAUCGGUGAUCGAGCCCAUGGAAAGUGAGAAUAAACCCAUGGAAACCAUGGAGACGUCCGAGGCACCAUCUCCACCAGAGGAACAGAAGGCUAUUCCAUUGCCCCCUCCAAGUCCACCCUCUCCGACUAAAACUGUUGCAGAUAUGCAGACACAGGAGAGCAGCAUCAUCGAAAACUCACAAGGGAGUCAAACUAUCGUCCAGAGUCAAGAAGAAUCGGGACAGAACAUCGCUGACUCUCAGCCGGAAUCCGUCCCACAAGAUACCACAACCAGCGCUCCAGAAAAGGUAUCCGAAAAGCCAGAGGAGAACCAGCGGAACGUCGAACCAACGGAGAACAGCACCGAUACUCAACUGCCUCUGACCAAUAACAACGAAAUGGAAGUUCGGCAAUCCUCGCCCGAGAAGGAACUGUUCCUUGGGCAGGAAGGUCAAAAGGCGAAUACAGAGGCCGUGGCCAGUGAGCCAAAGCCGAAGCUAGAGACGAUCGAUGAGCCUGUCAUCGAGCCAACCUCCGAUACCACCCUAAUUGCGUCUAUCCCGAUUGAGAAAGCGAAGAAAGAUCCACCGCCGGUGCCGGCCAAGCCCAACAAGUCCAAAAAAGUCAAGAAACUUAAUCAACAAUCGGAGCCUGUUUCAGAUACGGCCAUACCUCUGCCAGCGCCUGGCCAAACGAAUUAAGAAACAGAGCUUAGAAGCGAGAGGGAGAUUCGAUCUGACAAGCAGCGGAGUAGUAAAGGGCCGAGGGAAUUAGCAAGGAAGGUUUGGUUUGGCUUGGCUUGGCUUGGCUUGGCUU